AAUUAGGUAUUUAUCCUGCUGUAGAUCCAUUAGAUUCGACAUCACGUAUAUUAGAUCCAAAUAUUGUCGGCGAAGAACAUUAUUCAAUCGCUCGUGGUAUUCAAAAAACAUUACAAGAUUAUAAGUCAUUGCAAGAUAUUAUUGCUAUAUUGGGUAUGGAUGAAUUAUCUGAUGAUGAUAAACUGACUGUAUCUCGUGCAAGAAAAAUUCAACGUUUCUUAUCUCAACCGUUUCAAGUUGCUGAAGUAUUUACCGGAACACCAGGCAAACUUGUCCCACUCAAAGAAACAAUAAAAGGAUUUAAAAUGCUUUUGAACGGAGAAAUGGAUCAUUUACCAGAAGGAGCAUUUUACAUGGUCGGUGGUAUCGAAGAUGUGUCAGCUCGGGCAGAAAAACUCGCUUCGGAACGAUAA